UUUAGUCUUAAUCUUCCCUCUUUCAGCUUAAAGCCAUUCCCCUUCUUCUAUCACUCCAUGCCCAUGUAGAAAGCCCCUCCCCAGCUUUCCCGGAGCCCCUUUCAGCACUGGCAGCUGCUCUAAGGUCUCCCUGGAGCCUUCUCUUCUCCAGGCUGAACAACCCCAACUCUCUCAGCCUGUCCUUCUAUGGGAGAUGCUACAGCCCUCACAUGAUCUUUGUGGCCUCCACUGGUCUCGCUCCAGCAGUUCCAUGUCCUUCCUGUGCUGAGGACUCCAGAAAUCAAUGCAGGACUCCAGGUGGGGUCUCACCAGAGCGGAGCAGAGGGUCAGAAUCCCCUCUCACCCUGCUGGUCGAUACAGACAAGACUAAAGAGAAUAACUAAAAUCAAUCUCGUGCAGACUCAGCAACGUAACUCACACCUUGGGGCAGCGGUGUGGCUCUCCUCAGGAGCCCAUCUCUCGGGACUUUGGUUUAACUCAGUCUUAAAUGUUCCACGUGCUUCUAUGCUGUGGUUUGCGUGAGGUGUCCUUCCUAGCAGUGACUGCACUUCUUAUUGUGCCUCGUUGCUCUCUGGUUCGUCCUAGCGCUUCUAAUUAAAUUCCUUUUUGCUGUUCACAUCCAGGCUUUGGGAAUGACUCUGCCAUGCUCUGUUGCCGGUGUGUGCGGAUGCAGUUUCCUGGUUGCAAGGGGUUGUAUUUGUGGCCAAGGCUGCCUGCGAUUUGUCUAGCGUUGAAAUACAGAUGUGAGGGGGCUCAGGAGACGGAGCCGGGAAAGGGGCUGUUUCGGAGAGUCGCGCUGUGGUUUAAAGAUGGAGAAGUUUGCCGAAGCCUUUUAAUGCGUUGCAUCUGGCAAGUCUGUCAUUCAUCGGGGUUAAAGCGAUGCUAAAUGGAUUACUAAGCCUCCCUGCGUGCUGAAUUGAUCCUUGUGUGGUUUAAACAAGACUUUAUGUGGUGACUGUGGUAAAGUCAGCCAUUAAUAUGUGUCAAAUUCACAGCUCUGCGGAGCCAGUCCUGUCUAACAUCGGUGCAAUCCGCUGUGGGCACGGCAACGCGUAGGCUGGACCUCUUGGGCCGACCUUUCAGGGUGAAGAUGCGGGAGGUGAUGACCUCUGAGCUCGCAGUGCGUCAGGAGGCUGGAGAUCGCCUUCAGCAGGACGUGGGGAUACCGUGUUGGCUCCAGGACCGCUGGUGCGGCGCGGUGCUUUAGCUGUCUAAUCCCGUUAGCUGUCCUAGCAGAAGCUAUUUUGAUUGUUCCACAAACCUCUUUGCUUUAAGCUCCUAAACUCCAUGGAUAACUGUGGAGAGGAGGUGAGGGCAGCAGGGUGCCAGCACUGUGCGAGGCGGCCGUGGCCAUGGGGUGAAGGUGGACCUGAGGUCCAAAUCCAGAAGCAGUGGAGGUCAGCAGAGACGGACUCGGAAGCUGAGCUUGUUUUCCUCUGAGCCAGCCGGCAGCAUGUCGCUGUGCAUCUCCCGGCUGCGGUGCCAGUUGUUUAGCAGGAUCUGCCCACUGCCCCCUCUUUGCCGCUGAGCAGUCUAAGAGGGAUUUUCUGUCCUGGUUGUGGCUUUUGAGCUGACAAAGAGGGAUUUUCUGCCCCAGUCAUGGCUGACAGGGACUAUUUCCCUUCCCUCGGGAUCUUCCAGCGGUGGUUGACUGGAAGGUUUAUUUAACUAACGUGACCCCGUUCCGAAGGCUACAGAUAAUUACUCAGCCCAGGAAAGGUUUUUAAAGAGGUGAAAGUCCUCCAGUGAGGCUGGCAGUGCCCUGGAGUUUUGAUCCCUCUUUCCACACCCUCCAGACUGACCAUGCCAUCACGUCCCUCCGCGCUCCAGUCUUUCCAUCUGUGACACCCUUGUAAUACUGGAAGCUGAUUUUAUCCCAUGUAAUUAGGUGCCUGUGAAGGGUUUGUGAAGGGUCCUAGGAAAGGCAGAAGAUUGUUUUUAAAGCUUUUCUAGCUGUUCAGCCUCCGUAGCUGGUUAAAGGAUUGCCAGGGUUUGGGCAGGGUUUUAUUUAAACAGUUCUGGGCGCACAGUGCCAUGGCAGAGGCGUGAAUCUGUGUCAUUAAACCCAGAUAACCCAGGAAAGUACAACCCCACCUCCAGCUCAGGGCAUGCAUCUGCCAUCCUGUGAGACAAAUGCCACCUCCUCCCCUCAUCCCAGUUGGCCCAGUUUGGAAGAGAGCCGCUGCUGGAGGUGCAGAAAGGCCACCCCCCUUGGUCCCAGAGCAGCUUCACCACCCUCGACUGUUCCCUGAGCCCCCCUGCUACCCCCGGGAGGAAACAGAGGCACGGGCACUUGCAAAUCUGUAAGAGGAAUUCCAGCGCUGCAGAUGGGAAAGGGGCUGCGUGACCAACACUGCCUGCAUCGCCCAGUCACUGCCUUCGAGGUCGCCUUCAGGCUGAAGUCUGAUGUGUGACUACUAUCCAGUGGGAUUAUAACUCCCAUGAACAUCCCUAAUUAGGCUUUAAACAAUCAAGUCGAGGCGCUGAUAGCGGUGCUGCCUUGUUGUCGUGAUGCUAAGCAUGGAUGCAAGACCCAUCUGCGAGGGUGGGCACCUUCUCUCCCAGGUGAGGCAGCUGCGCAUUAAAAGCCGGGAGAGGAGAGAGCCAGCGCUCAGAGGGCUCUUGCGGUGCAGAUCGGCUGCUGGGAGGAGACAGAGCCAUCGCCACGAAGGUGUGGGACGCUGCAAGGACCAGGACCAGGGCUCCUCUGGCACAGGGACCAGGGCAGGUGAGGUUUGCGACUGCUGAGGCUGUGCUGGCAGCUCUGUCUCCCCUGGGCUCUCCCACAGGACUUCCCGUGGAGAGCGGGCAGCGGAUGCUUAUUCUGCUGUCGUUUUUGUGCUUUUCUUCUUUCCAUAUAGAACAAGACCUUGGGCCGUCGCCUGCGCUGGUGUGUCCUCAGUGGCAUGGAGUCCCGCUGCUGGCCGUGGCCCUGGGCGGUCUUUGUCCUUCUGGCUGCCCUGAGGCUGCCAGGUGCCCAGCCAGCCUGCUCCCGGGGAGCCUGCUAUCCCCCCACCGGAGACCUGCUGCUGGGACGAGCCUCUCACCUGAAAGCCUCCUCCACCUGCGGCCUCACUGAGACCGAGAGGUACUGCACACCCCAUGGGGAGUGGAGCAUGAGAUGCUGCAGGUGCGACUCGCGGCUACCUCACUCCUACAGCGGCCACCGCGUGGAGAACAUCUUGUCCUCCGCCGGGCACUCGCGCUGGUGGCAGUCCCAGAAUGGUGUCGAGCACGUCUCUUUGCAGCUGGACCUGGACCAGACAUUUCAACUCAACAACAUCCUGCUUCACUUCAGGUCGCCGCUGCCCGCUGCGAUGCUGAUUGAGCGCUCUACCGACUUCGGCAAGACCUGGGAGGUGUACCAGUACCUGGCCUCCGACUGCGCUGCCACCCUGCCGGGUGUCCCCCAGCGCUCCUCUGAGGGCUGGCAGGAUGCUCGGUGCCAGACGCUGCAGGGACACUCAUUGCACGGGGGCAAGGUGAAAUUCAGUGUCCAAGACCUGGCGUCUACCAUCACAACCUCUUACAGCGAGAUUGUCGAUAAGCUGGGGCAGUUCACCAACCUGCGGAUCAACUUCACCAAACUCCCCCACAUUGCGCGCCAGGGCUACCACUCACCCAGCACCUUCUACGCUGUGACGGAGAUGCGGGUACUGGGGAGCUGCUUCUGCUACGGACAUGCUGACCGCUGCACCCCUUCAGAUGACCUAAAUGCUGUGGUCCACGGGCACUGCGUGUGUCAGCACAACACCGCCGGUCCCAACUGCGAUCGCUGCGCCGCCCUCUACAACGACCGGCCAUGGGCACCCGCAGAGGACAACGAUCCCCACGACUGCCAGAGGUGCAACUGCAAUGGUCACUCAGCCUCCUGCCACUUCGACCCGGAGCUGUACCGCGCCAGCGGAGGGGUGAGCGGGGGUGUCUGCGAUGACUGCCAGCACAACACCGAAGGCAACAACUGUGAGCGCUGCAAAACUAACUAUUUUCGCAACCAGCGACAAGAUCUCACCCAUCCUGAAACCUGUUUGCCCUGUGAGUGUGACCCAGACGGCACCGUGCCGGGCUCCAUCUGUGACCCGCUGACGGGGCGCUGCGUCUGCAAGGAGAACGUGCAGGGGGAUCGCUGCCACCUCUGCAAGCCGGGGUUCACUCAGCUGGCCAACGCCAACCCCAUGGGGUGCCGCAAAUGCACCUGCAACGCGCUGGGCACGCGGCAGGACAUGCCCUGCGACGACGAGACAGGGAGGUGCUUCUGCCUGCCCAACGUGGUGGGGAGCGACUGCGGCCAGUGCGCGGCCGAGCACUGGGAGAUGGCGAGCGGCCGCGGCUGCCAGCCCUGCGGCUGCCACCCCCAGGGCUCCCGCAGCCCCCACUGCAACCAGUUCACAGGACAGUGUCCGUGUAGAGAAGGCUUCACGGGACGGACGUGCUCUGCCGCACAGGAGCAGAUUUGCCCUGAUGGACAUUACGGAGACAUCCGGGUGGGGUGCACAGAGUGUGACUGUGACUUCCAGGGAACAGAAGACGUGGGAUGUGACAAGACCACGGGCCGAUGCCUCUGCCGCCCGGGUGUCACAGGGUCCCGCUGUGACCAGUGUGAGCGGGGCCGUUGCAGCACCCACCCCGGCUGCGAGCUGUGCCACCCCUGCUUCCGCACCUACGACGAGGACGUCCAGCGCCUGCGCCUGCGCCUGCCUGCGCUCAGCAACUCCACUGUAGGGCUGCCCUUGGGCAGCGGGGGAUCCCGCUACAGCUCCCGGCUCUCGCAGGCAGAGAGCAAUGUGCAGGAGGUGCAGAGCAUCCUCAGCCACUCUCCGGUGAUGGAACAAAGCCUGGCCCAGAUGGGCAGCGCGCUUGCUGCGAUCAGAGAGCAGGUCCAAGGCAUAAACCCUGACCUUCGUUUGCUGGAUGAGACUGCCUCCCUAUCGAGGGAGCUUGAAGCCCUCAACAGCAGCUUGCUUAUUGCUAACACCCAGUAUCAGAGCAAGAAGACCCAGUUUGAAACCAGCCGCAGCACGGAUCUGUCAGGAGCCUUCAAGACAAUCAGAUCUGCUUACCAGACAUCCAGCAAUGCCAACAGGCUCGUCGCUGGCGCCUCUGGGCUGCUGGCUGAGUCCCGGGAGAGCCGCAGGAGGGCCGCGGGGCUGGAAGGGGUGCUUGCAGAGGCCACCUCCAAGCUGCUGACCCUGAAGGGCGAGAUAGCUUCAUCACCCAACCUGACCCCCGUCAUAAAUAAGAUCUGCGGUGGCUUCCAAGGGGAGACGUGCACUCCUGCCCGGUGCGAGGGGCUGCUCUGCCCACGAGACAACAGCACUGCCUGCGGGGCCGGCCAGCCCUGCCGGGGCAUCGUCCCCGUGUCGAGUGGAGCCCUCGCCACGGCUAGGGAAGCUGCCAGGGAAUUUCGCAGCCUGAGCGCCCGACUCCAGGAGACGACUCAGCUGAUUAAAACAACAGAGAUGUCUGCAAACCAGAUUCAAAGCAACGCUCAGCGGCUUGUGGAGCAGAUGAGCGUGACGAGGACCCAGGUCGAAGGAGAUGUGCGGCGCAUCCAGCAGUUCAUCCAGCAAGUUCGAAACUUCUUGUCAGACAAGGACACGGACCCUGCCACCAUCCAGGAAAUCAGCGAGUCUGUUCUCUCCCUGCGUCUCCCCACGGAUGCCACUGCAGUCCUGAGAAAGAUGACUGAGAUCCAAAAUCUGGCGACUAAGCUGCAGUGCCCGGAGAGCGUACUUGCCCAGACGGCCGAGGACAUCGCUAGAGCCAAGCAGCUUCAGCAGGAGGCAGAACAAGCCAGGAACCGGGCGAAUGCUGUUGAGGGCAAUGUGGAAGAGGUGGUUGGAAAUCUGCGACGAGCAAACACGGUGCUCCUGGAGGCCCAAGGUGCUAUCAGGGGCUCUGGCUCUUCCCUUCGGUUCAUUCAGGAGCGUGUUGAUGAAAUUGAGGCUGUUCUUGGUCCAGCCGAGAAGAACGUGAAGUCCAUUGCAGGCCAGCUGGAUGGGCUGGUGGAGAGGCUCUCUCAGCUGCAGCGCAGCACAGACCAGAACCGCUUGCGGGCCACCGAUACGCGGCAGACGGCCGAGGAGGCGGCUGAACAGGCCAGGAGCGCGCAGCAGGCUUUCGAACAAGUGAAACAAAUGUAUACUGAGUUGAAGGGAAGGAUGGAGCAGAGCCCGGCACUGGGGGAGCAGGGCAGCAGAGUGCAGAGCAUCGACCUGGAGGCACAGGCUCUGUUUGAGGAAACUUUGGCCAUGAUGCUCAGGAUGGAAACUUUACAGACAGAAAUUCAGGAAAGCAACAAGGCUUUGAUGUCCAAGUCAACUAGACUGUUGGGCCUGGAGGAGCAGGUGGGAAGGAUCCGGGAUGCCAUCAACAAGCGGGUCGCCUACUAUGAGAGCUGUUCCUGAG